AUGGAGGAGGUCACAGGCUUUAUCAACUACGACAAUCUCUCGACGCUCUUUAAACUGGGCACCCUUGUCUUCAUCGACGAGAUGGACCAGCCGAGACUGUUCAAGCUACUCUCCUACGCUUAUAUUCCCGAAAAUAACCCCGACCCUUGUCUUCGGCUCGACGGGGAAUAUGUCGACUAUAACGGCGUUAACUUUGGGAGGCGAUUGGUGCACUUCCGCAUCCCCAAGUUCGUCGGCGACCUCGCAAUUUCUGGCCUCACCGCUUUGCCCCUCCACCUUCACCCUGACCCAGAAGGUAUCACUAAGCGUCUCCUUGAGCGUGGGCGUCGCUGGGAGUCCCACGCAGGCCGCAAGUUUUGCGAGUACAGGGGCAUUGGCAUCGACGCUGACGGCUCGCGGUCUAGCAUUGACGGCCGCGUCAUGGUCGACGCACAUACAUUCUUCCGCAUCAAUGCAGACACGGCAUUUGUCGUUUGUCCUACUUUCCUCACGCCACUGACAGAUGAGCAACUCCUCCUUGCCCCUCCAACAGUCCAUGGUUUCUCCUUCAACACGAAGGGGUUCCUAGAACUACAUGUCGACAACCUGUCUCCCAUUGACUGGAACACUGGGUGCUUUGAUCGACUUGUCUUGCCGAACCACCAGAAGGAGCUAGUGCAAGCCCUCGUGGCUGAGCACGCACAGCUCUCGGACCAGGAACAUGAAUUCAAGGACAUCGUCAAGGGCAAAGGUCAAGGUCUAAUCCUCCUCCUGCACGGCCCAUCCGGGGUAGGCAAAACGCUCACGGCGGAGUGCAUCGCCGAGUUCUCGCAGCGGCCGCUAUACACCGUAUCGCCGUGGGAGCUCGGCACGACGCCCGCAGAACUAGACAAGCGGCUCUCGUGGACGCUCGAUAUCGCCGAAACGUGGAACGCGGUGCUACUCAUCGACGACGCCGACGUCUUCCUGGAGCACCGCCUCCCGCACGACACGGAACACGCCAGCCUCGUGUCCGUCUUCCUGCGCGCCCUCGAGCACUAUAGUGGCGUCCUCUUCAUGACGACCAACGGCCCCGUCAGUACCUUUGAUGGAGCCUUUAAGAGCUGCAUCCACGUCCCCCUCCGAUACGGGAACCCGUUCGUUGCCAGUCGCUUGAAGAUGUGGAAGAACUUCUUGGAUGGCGUGCGCGGCGUCGACGUCGACGUGGACGAGCAGGGCUUCCGAAGGCUGGCAGCCAAGCCGCUCAACGGGCGACAGAUCAGGAACGUGGCGCGCACGGCGACGAGCCUGGCCGCGUUCAGGAAGCGCAAGCUGGACUUGAAACAACUGGAGCAGGUCGUGGAUAUCCAGCUAGCGUUUGUGGAGGAAUUCGACGCCGAGUUUGGUGAAGAUGCUGACAUGGGUUUUGAAGGUUGA